GAUCCGAGGUCUGUGCUUCUCUCGUCUGCGGAGCAACCCCAACAACUGAGGAGGAUGCAGGCCCCGUCUACGUGGUCGUCGGUGGUGCCGCUGUCGCUGGUGAUCCUGGCGGCCGCCUUCGCCCCCGUGGCCCGCCCCCAACCCGCCGGGGGCGGCGAAGAGGCCUGCGAGACGCUCCCCUCGGAGAUCCACAUCAUCAAAGAGGAGUUCGACGAGCUGGGCCGGCUGCAGAGGACCUGCACCAGCGAGGUGGGCGUCAACAAGUGCGAGGGGGCGUGCAACUCGCAAGUCCAGCCCUCCGUCACCACGCCCACCGGCUUCCUCAAGGAGUGCUACUGCUGCCGCGAGUCAUUCCUGCGCGAGCGCACCGUGACGCUGUCGCACUGCUACGACCCGGACGGCGCACGCCUCACCGCCGAGGGCAUGGCCACCAUGGACAUCCGGCUGCGCGAGCCCGCCGAGUGCAAGUGCUUCAAGUGCGGCGACUUCUCGCGCUAGCCGCUCCUGAAGACGCCGCGUCGCGCUGCGCAGAAACGCCGCCGACUCCUGCGCCGCCUGCGACUUUCGUAGAGCGCUGCCGGCCCUACUGUGACGUCACCUGGCGGUGCUGCGCUGUUGUCGCCUUUGCCGCACACUUGUCUCCCUUUGUACAUUGCAGACGGGCAAU